AUGUCUCGCAAACUCCUUAGUCAAUUGGUCCAAGCUGAUCUCGCCCAUUUGACUCAGCCCAUCGUCAGUCCGACCUUCUCCAAUCCGCCACAGUCUCGUAAGACAUCGUCUACCAGUGCUCCUCCCCAACCGCUUGCAACAAUAGUGCAAAACCAUUCCAAUGAUCUUGAAUCUGUUCUAUGGAUAUUCCUCUGGGUUCUCCUCAAUUAUUCGGGCCCUCUCUGGAUGGAGCGGAAUCAAGCUGGGUUGAUGAUGGAAGGCUGGAAUGACCCAAACACCACGCUGUGUGUCGGGUCCAAAUAUGUCCUUUACCACUCAGGGAAGGCAGCAUUCCUUCGUCAAAUCGACCCCUACUUCGCGGACCUUACCCAGCUCGCAGAUGAUUGGUUGGAACUGAUGAGGUACAAUGAUGAGCAUCCGGUAGCCUUCGAUGCAGUGCUGGAGCUCCUGGACUCUUUUCUGUCUAAUUACAAGACAGAGGAGUUCUCUCCAGAGCGGUAUUUCUCAUCACAAGAGUUGAAGAUUCCUCUGGGGGAAAAUACUUACUACGAACUUUUCUAUGACUCAUUUUCGCAUCUUCAAGUUGUGCCAAUGUUUACUCUGUUCUUUGGCAAAGGACGGAUCUACGGCGAAGGAGAUGUCGGAUGGGAUCGGAUGGCACGACUGCUAUUACAUGUGCACCUGGAGGGCAACCGUAUGGUAUCGGAUGGCAGCACCUGCUGCGAUAUUACACUGGAUACUUCAAAGUCUGCCGUAGAAUCUGGACACAAAGACUCAAAUAUGACUUUUGUCUUAUUCCCUGCAACGAUGCCCAGCCCUAGGAAGUCCAAGACUAGUAAGAGAAAGGCUCAAGAUCCUGACACUGGCCUUCCAACUGGACGAUCCAAGAAAACUCCACGGGGUGCUUCAGAUGAACUUGGUGGCACUCGACAUUCUGAACAUUCGAAUGCAGGGACGGGCGGACGAAACUCACAGCUAGAAAAACUUGAUGCAGUCCUUGAACAACCAUCGCGUAAACGGUCCUCAAAAGGCUCAACGACCUUUGGUGCUGAUGUUUCAAAGAACCCACAAGCUCCUGAUUCUCGCAAAGGUAAAGGCCACAAGUCUAGAAAGGUCGCUGCUCCCCCACCAUAUGCUCCAGCAGAUGUGAAUCUUGUUGAUGCAUCUCAAGCAUCCAACACGCAACAGGAUGUGCCCAAAAUGACAAUUGUACCGCCUGGUACCGAGCCUAACUUGCAGGCCCUGAAUAACCCCUAUGUGGCUGCCAUGAUUGGUACUGCAGCUGCACGCCCCCCCACUAACAGCUCAGUGCCAUCGCUUAUCCCACACGCACCCUUAGAGCCAAACUCGCAGGUCCUGAAUAACCCCUACGUGGCUGCCAUGAUUGGUACUGCAGCUGCACGCCCCCCUACUAACAGCUCAGUGCCAUCGCUUAUCCCGAGUGCACCCUUAGAGCCAAGGUUUUUGGACGCUAUCAAGUAUUAUUAUCAGCCUGCCACUUCCCCUCAAAUGCCAGAGCAUUUUAUAGACCCGGCACUGCGGAUUCAACCAUCAUCACUUGGUGUAGGUGGGUGCUUGGAGCCAAGUGUUCCGAAUGUCACCCAGUACAAUAUUCAGCCUAUGUUUAAAGGCACUGCGCUCCCAAGGCUCCCAGAGGGUCCUACAGGCCCAGCGCUACAGCCUCAGAACCGACCUCCUCCAAUAAGUGACAGAUCAGAUCUUGACGGAAGUGAUGAGAAUGAUGAGAGUUCAAUGGACAAAUAUAACAAAGAAGGGGUCAAAGAUGCUGGUGAAGAUGAUAUUGUCGGAUGGGGAGCGGAUUUUCGCAGGAACAACCACCUCAGCCACUUCAAAAUCCACUACUCACACAACGAAGAUGAAAAUGGUGCAGCAGCUAGUCUCACCUCGGUGCAGUUGCAGCCACAUGUUCAGAACUCACGUAAAGACGAUGCAGCUGCUAAUCUUGUGUUAACACAACCAAAGGUAGAUGAUGUACUCAAGAAACACCAGAAAAAGAAUGGCCAGCGUCGUCUCCCUGACCCUGAGGCUCUUGAAGUACUACGCCAGCAAACUGAAACUGAUGUUCAACAAGAAGCUCCGACAUCGCGAUCUGAAGCAAAACCCACUCAACUCGGGUGGUACGGAACUGGCUGGAAAGGCUUCCUGGAGGAUGCGAAGGCAGAAUGUCGCGCUGUCCAUGCAUUGGAAAACCCACUGCCAUCUCUGACCCAUGACUUAACACGUUCGAUAAUGGAAGUCCUCUUAUCGGUCAAGCUUGCAUGGGAGCAAGCUGGGAAGCAGGUAGAAACCGGUGUGUGGCCUGCACAGAAAUCCAACAUGGCAAGGCUGCUCUAUGACGAUCUUGCGACUUGGCGGUCCGAAUUGAAGAAGGUUGUGAUUUCCCUUGCCCCGAGCAUAUUGGGUCUUGUUCCCCCUGCUGAGGUACCUGCCCUGGAACGGCCAGCAUGGGUCUCACACGAAGCAUCAAGGCAGCGCAAAGAUUCUCUGUUCCUACGAGGUGGAUUCGAUGCCAAUUAUGACUGUGGUCUCCUUGGCUUCAAAAAGAACGGUACUGGCAAGGUCUUUCCCAAGUUCACUGCAAAGGAGUACAAAACAGAAUAUGAGGAGAUGCUGGAGAUGAUGGGCAUCGUUUUGGAUGAUGCGUAUCAUGGCCCAAAGCUGGUAAAGCAGCUCCGGGAGUGGGCCGCAUAUGGCUGGUUGGAAGGCCUGAAGGUUGACUCCCGUGGCAGCUUGGAGAUGAAGCGCACUCACUUGAAGGUGGUACUUGACUAG